AUCUCUGGCCACACCGCGCCAUACACCAAACGGCAGAAAACGUACCGCGAAGUCUGUUCAAGAACGUUUUGGGGAAACUUACAAACCGUUCCGCAAUGUAGUUAACGUUCAAGUGAACUGAACGCACAUUGUAGUCAUUGCAUGAUUUUAACUACAUUGCCCUUCUGCCCCAGUUCAGGCUCUGCCUAAAAGAAAAUGCUGCAAAGUGUCGUAAAACAGUUUUCCAUGCAGCAGCUAGCGUACAAGGUGUAAAGGGAUGGUGCUCUAAAAACGCAAAUUUUCAAAUCGAACUUGAAAUUCAUGAACAUUUUCCUCAGACAACUUGCAAGGCUAAAGCAUGGAGGACAUGGAAGACGACUGUUUUGUUCUAAAUGACGACUACAACCAUAACUACUGUGCGAACAGUGCCAGUGGACAAGUCCUCUAUCUCAGGAACGAACUGUCAGAUGUACCCCAGCCCCUAUCUAUCUCGCCGGGUCUAGCCACGCGAGAUGUAGCUGCGCAGGAGAACCACUCAAAGGUUUGUUCCAGUUCCAGCAGCGGUUUAAAGUUCAUGGAUUCAGACUCGAGCAGCGUGAGCAGUGACACCAGCGAGACUGACAGCCCAUCGGCGGUGUCCAUCGCAGGGAAACUGACCCUGAACUCAGCCUCAAAGUUUCUAAUGAAUGCAAUGACCGAAGAGGACUAUAGAACCACAUACUGGCCAAACCUGGAGAAAGCCAUUGACCACCUGCUAAUACAAAACCCCAUGGACCACAUCUCCAUUUCAUAUGAGCAGAUUUACAGCUGUGUGUACAAGUGUGUUUGUCAACAGCACUCUGAGCUACUGUACAAAGACUUGAUGCUGAAGAUUACUACCCAUCUUCAACAAGUCUCUUCUGAUCUUCAAAUUAGUCCACCACGGAAUUUAAUUGAGAAUUUCAACAUUGCUCUGACUCGGUACACAGAUGCUCUUCAAUGCAUAGUUCCCGUAUUCAUCUACAUGAAUAAGUUCUACAUUGAAACGAAGCUAAACCGAGACCUGCGAGAAGAUCUCAUGAAGCUUUUUACCGAUCAUGUUGCAGAAAAACAUGUCGACACAUUAAUACCUCUUCUCCUCGAAGCCCAUUCCAUGCCUUUUCAAGUCAGACCUUCAACAAUGGCCAGUGUGGUCAAAGGCUUGUAUACUCUUUGGCCCGAUUGGGCACAAUUAGCCCCAGCUGUCUUCUCUGGAUUCAUUCCUCAAAUCAACCCCCCAACAGUGGAAUCCCAGCUCUCUGACUAUGCUGCUCGUGACCAGAAACUACAAAUGGAGCUAUCUCUGAAUGGUUUUCCCAGAUGCUCUGACCGUCGGCGACCUGGCUCAACCCAAAUUGACAAAACACUGUGAAUGACGAAGAUUCUCUGAUGCUGAGUGAAGUGGGUGAGCGUCAGCCAAGCUUCAUUUUUGACCCACGCGAGUUGUAGUGGACACUGUUUCUUUGCCUCCUCUGAAAAGCACAGUGAAUUCAUGAUGGUGCAUCAUUGAUCUUCCAGUUUUUGAUGAUAAAUGAAUCUUCUUUAUUGUUAAGAUACUACAAGGUUUAAUGGGUUUGUUCUUAUUUUUCCAUUAAAGUGUGCCUUCUGCUCUGCUUUGUUGGGAUAUUCAAGUUGCCUAACAGAUGCCAUUUUAGGCUCCCGAGUGGCGCAGCGGUCAAAAAACACUGCAUCUCAGUGCUAGAAGCGUCACUACAGACCUGGUUUGAUUCCAGGCUGUGUCACAACCGGCCGCGAUUCGGAGUCCCAUAGGUCCCAUAGGGCGGCGCACAAUUGGCCCAGCGUCGUCCGGGUUAGGGCUUGGCCGGGGUAGGACGUCAUUGUAAAUAAGAAUAUUUUCUUAACUGACUUGCCAAGUUAAAUAAAUACAAUAAAAAAAACUGGUGGAUGGGCAUGAAUCCCAGUUUGACCACAUAUUGUAUACUGUGUCAAUCAUGGGUCAUGUUCAUUAGGGCAUGCGGCAACACAAAAAAAAUGGACAGAUAUAUUUUACAAUGGAAAACAAAAAGGCUUGUUUCUGAUUGGACAAAUCUGGGUAGUCCCUCCCUUUUCCAUUUUUGCCCCCUCUUUUUGUUCCUAAUGAACAUGGCCCUGGUCUCUAACCAGGACCACCCGGAUCUCCUAUUGGUCUUAUUGAUCUGAUUGAGUAACUGACAGUCUGCUGCUAUUCCUCAUUUGUUGUUGUGUAGAACACUUGAUUCCUGUCUCUUGUUUAACUAAUAUUGUGUCCCUUUUGUAUCAGUCAGGUCAGUCUUGAUUCUCCCCAGUCAUUUUUAAGCUAAAGGGGCUUGUCUUUGUAAUCUCGUCACACAUUUAAAAUGUCUAUCAUGGCAACUUUAAACGAAUCCACCUCCCAAGUCAUGUUUAUCUGGGAUUUACAGAAUAAAAUCUGGCCGGCACAACAUAGUAUUUCUUUCUCAAUGGGUACAAAAAGCAGCAAAGCAUGUUCCGUUACAUUUUGAGUAAAGUUUAGGUUAUAACUGUGAAAAGGUUGUGUAGAUAAUUUUUUAAAGGAUUACAUUUCGCUUUUAUUGAGUUGUUGUCUAACCAAAUCAUAUUUGCCAAGCACGCUAAAGAUGAUUCACAAUGUUUUUAUUCCCUGUUAUUAAAAGUUGCAUUGUGACUCCAGAAAUGAUGGCGUCAGUCUCCCCAUGUUGCUGCAUUAGCCUGUGCAUUAUAUCAAGUCACUGAGCCAAUUGAUUACAAUCAAAUUUUGAAAAUGUUGUGAAUUUGGUUACAGUGAUGAUGUCAAAUGAUGUACAGUAGGUGGAUGUCGAAUGAUCCCGCUGUUCUCUCAAGUUGCCCAGAUGAUGAUCAAUUUGACCUUCCUUUGUUACAUGUUUAUGUUGAGUUAAAGUAUUUGAUACAGCUCUUUGCACUGUUUUAAGUGUAAUGUGAUGCUCGAGCUUGGUUGUGAUUGUUUUCCUGUGAGGAUGUUGGAGAUGACUCACUCAUUGUCUUAUGUACAGUUUUACUUUCAAUAAACACAUCUUGAAAAUGAUGUAUAUUA